ACUCGAGUGGCUCUGACAUCGGCUGUCAAUUCGCACUUCCGACAAGCCUCACGCUUCCUCUUUUUGUAAACUGCUUGAGUCGAAUAGACGUGUAUUUCAUUUGCUGCUCACGUUUCGUGUCGAUCUGACUUAAAAUUUUGCAAAAAUGCGUUACGUAGCUGCAUACCUGCUGGCUGUCCUGGGUGGCAACGCCGCACCAUCCAACUCGGACAUCGAGAAGAUCCUCAGCUCGGUCGGUAUUGAGGCCGAUUCGACCCGCGUCACCAAGGUGGUGAACGAGCUGAAGGGCAAAUCGAUCGAGGAACUGAUCGCUUCCGGACGCGAGAAGCUGUCCUCGAUGCCGGCUGGUGGCGGCGCUGCCGCUGCUGCCCCUGCUGCUGCCGGUGGCGGCGGUGGUGCUGCUCCGGCUGCCGAGAAGAAGGAGGAGAAGAAGGAAGAGUCGGAAUCCGAAGACGACGACAUGGGCUUCGGUCUUUUCGAGUAAAAGGUUGGUAUCGUACUCCUUGUGUUCCCUCAGUACAAUUGUAUAGCUUCACCGCGUGUUUCCAAUGAUGAAUACAACGAUAUAUCACCAUCUUUCGAAUGAUGAACAGUGAUUUAACACAUUUCUCCUGAUCAAUACAGUUCCGCCUGUCGUGAAACACGUGUGUACAACUGUAAUACACCGUUCUAAAACCAA